AUGGACCAGCAAGAUGGAAAAUCAUCCGAAAAGACUGAACCUGGGCAUACACUGGAAUCAGCAGGCUCAGAGAGCACCCAGCAAGCAGAACUGACCCAGCUCAACCCCCAGGCCGUUCCCCGCGAUAUGGGGACCUUUGAGAUUAUCGCUCUCGGCUUCAACAUCCCCAACAGUUGGUUGGCCAUUGCCGUAGCACUUUCAGCCGCCUUGACUGCCGGAGGUUCUGUCUCGUUGAUAUACGGCAACUUUGUCAUCACCGCCAUGUACGGCGCCGCGGCCGUGACUCUCGCCGAGCUUGCCAGUGUUUACCCUACCGCCGGAGGUCAAUACCACUUUGCGAGCAUCAUGGCGCCAAAGAGGUUCAACAGGUCGAUAUCGUAUAUUUGCGGCAUGGUUGCGACGAUUUCGUGGAUUAUAUGCUCUGCCAGUGUGGCUAGCGUUACGAGUCUGUGUAUCGCUGCCAUUGCUGAGUUUUAUAAUGGAUUUGAAGCGAGCGCUUGGCAGCUGUUUCUCAUUUCCCAGGCACUUAAUGUGAUAGGGUUGGUAUAUAAUUUGUUCUUGCUGAAGAGGACGCAUUGGAUACAUGAUGCAGCUUUCUUUCUCACUCUAUUCUUAUUCGUUUCUAUCUGCGUCGUUUGUCUCGCCCGAGGCGAUAAACAGACUUCAACUUGGGUAUGGACCAACUUUGAGUCUUCUUCAGGCUGGACGCCUGUCGUGUCCUUCUUCACAGGCCUCACCACCCAUGCCUACAUGUUUGGAGGCCUCGACGCUACGCUUCAUCUCGCGGAAGAAACGCUGGAUCCUUCUAGGACGGUGCCAAAGGCGCUCAUGUCUACCAUUGGGAUUGGCUUCUUUUCUGGAUUGGUCUUUUCUGUGGCCAUGGCUUAUUGUCUCCCGAGUUUGGAUACUUUGGCAAAUGAUCUAGUACCCGUCUAUAAAUUAUGGCGCCUAGCCAGCAAAUCCGAUACCGCCGGCACUGUCUUCCUCGUCAUUGUCAUCCUCCUCACCACAUACAUCAUAGCCGCUACUCAGCAAACCACGUCUCGCCUUCUCUGGGCCCUCGCCCGUGAUCGCGGCCUCGCCUUCUCCUCACAAUUCGCCAAACUAUCUCCCAAGCUGGGCGACAUCCCCGUGGCGGCCCUCCUUCUCGACGCCGGGCUGAUUUUUGUCUGCGGAUGUAUAAGUCUGGCCUCUUCGGCUGCGUUCAAUGCCCUCGUGGGCGUCUUUUCUCUGAUGCAGAUGAUUUCCUUUGCGAUUCCUGCAGCGUUGUUGAUAUAUCGCCGGAGGAGCGAAAAGGUGCUUCCGAGGAAGAGGGCGUUUAAAGUCCCUGAGAUGGUGGGCUGGGUUUGUAAUAUUGGGACGAUUGUUGCGGCCGUUAUUGAAACUGUCUUUUUUACGUUUCCGACGGUUUUGCCUGUGACGGGUGAUAAUAUGAAUUAUGCCGCGGUUGUGUUAGCGAUUAUUGCGAUUGUCAUGGCUGCUAAUUGGUUUGCAUUUGCAAAGAAGCAUUACCAGGGCCCCAGGAUAGAGAUUGCUCAGUAG